AUGAAUUAAGAAGGUCUGUCAAAUUUAUUAAAACUAAAACCAUAAACCCUUCUUUAGUAAAAUAAUUAAUUAGGAUUAUAUCGCCCCAAGAGUUAAUAAAAAUAUUGCAACCAAUAAUAAUCUAUAUAACGCCCCCCAUCAUCAUAACUCCAAACUCUUAGUGGAACUGUAAAACACAAACGAUUUAUCCAUAAAAAGAAUAAUCUUAUGAAGAAUAGAUAAUCUUAAACUAAUUUACAACAAUAAUAGAAUCAAGAACAUAAUUGUUAUGAAAUCACUCCUUAGCUAUUAUCAGAAAUAAGUAUAGAUGAUCCAAUCUGGAAAAACAUUCUCCCCAAUAAUCUUUAAUUAGAUGAAAAAUAGCUUAUAUAAUUAUUAGAUGAAAAUACAGAUUAUUUUUAUCAUAACUUAAAGUUAUGUGCAUGUUAUAAAUGUAUUUGUGGUAGAUGUAAAUGUGAUGCUAAUAAUUAAAUCAAAUUAAAACUAAAUGGAAUGUUCUUAACUAAUUAUGAUAAAGAUUUUGUUAACAACCAUAAAUCAAAAUACAGUUUAACCAAUCCACUAAAUUAAAAAACAUAUGAAACUAAUUUUAUGGAUUAAAAAUCUAUAAAUUUGAAAUCUUUAUAUUAGCAAGAUUUUCAAUAAUAGCCUAUUGAAUUAACAACAAACUUAAAAAAACACUCUAGUUAAUAAGUAGGAUCUGUCUCUAAUCUUACUAGUUAUAGGGUAUUUUUCUAUUUCUAUAAAAGUCAAAUUAUAAUGAAUGGGGAACCAAUUAUCAUAAAUUUAUUCCCUAUCCUCACAUUAGUACAAGUCCAGAUAUUAAAUUUAUUGGCACUUCACAAUACAAAGAUUCAUAUAUUUCUCCAAACAGAUUGAGCCUUAAUAAUGCAAAUAAUUUUAAAACUUCUUUGUAAGCAUUCUUUUAUAAUAUUCAAGAGCACCUUUACCUAAUGGUUAAUUUGAAAGUUAAACUACACAUAAGAUGAGUUUCCUUCCAUAUCCAACAUCUCAUAUAUCUUAGAUUAAUCCACAAAAUGUAUUUAGGUUUUAAUUAAUUUAGUUUUAUCAAAAGAUACCUACAUAUGAAGGCUAGUUUAUUUCAACAGAAAUGAAUGAUUAUAUUUAAAAAGAAGAUGUAAGUUGUCCAUCAAAAUUAUUCUAAAAAUUAUUUCGUAGAUAAAUGGCUGAAAAAAUAUUAAAAAAAUAAUAACAAUUCCUUUAAAAUUAAAUUAAAUAAAAUUGA